AAUAAUACCACAUGCAUGAUAUAUGUAUGUGUAGGUAAAAUUAUAAUGACUUUCGAUUCAUUGUAUUGUAUACCAAAUUUACAAAGUCCAUGUAAUACCUUGAUUGCAAAAGUAUUUGUCAACAACAUUUAUUUACUAUUUCUGAUAUAAAUAUGAAUUUUGGAAAUGCAUUAUUAGCAAAUUGAUAUAUCACGCAAAAUGGACAGCAUGGAAGAUAUCAAUGCUAAGAGAGAUGCUAGAAGAAAACGAAUUUUAGAAAAUUCAGAGAAACGUUUAUUAAAAAUUACUGGUAGAAACAGUGCCAUCGUACCAGAAGCACCUUCUGUACAUACAGAUAUACCAAAUCAAACAUAUAUCCCUACAGACAUAGAAAAUAGAACUUCACAUUUUGGUUUAAAUGGUAAAAUAUCAGUUGAAGGCACUGUUAACACUUCUACUCCACUAAAACAAACAUCACACAUAUUAACAAACCGUAUAAAUUAUGUGUUGUUGGCUGUAAUUGUUAAUAUAUUAUUGAUACUACAAUUGGAUCAUCUAUUUGGACAGACAAUCACAAUACCUUAUUUUCCAAUAAUGUUAGGACGUCUUUAUAACUAUAAAAAUAUGCAGGAGAUGCAAGACAAUAGUUUGUUAUAUCCUGCAUUAAUUUUAUGCAACAUUAAACCUGAGUUAACCUACCAACUAAAAAGAUUCAUAACAAUAGUUCAUAUGAUAUUAGAAGAUUUAGCUUUGUAUAUUUUCAGCUUUACCCUUAUACAUUACGGACUUUUAUAUUGUUUGCAUAAUACAAGCAUUUUAGUUGGUUUAAACACAUGAAUAAUGUCAUUGUAUAUGAAAUAUAAAUACACAGGUCAUUCUAA